AUGUAAAGUAAUAAGGAAAGAUUUAAGAAAGAAAAAAACCCUGUUCUGAUAACGCUAAUUGAUUGGAUAUUUUGUGUUAAGAAAAUUAAGAAACAUAAUUAUACUGUGUGUUAAUCUGUUGAUUGGAUUAUCCUUCCACUUUUUUUCUACACCUUUGGAAUUUAAACUUGUGGUCAAGACAUUCAGUUGUUCUUAAAGUUUUCAAGGAUUAUUCUUAAGAUUUUACAUAACUGAAUUGAGGCGUUCCUUCAGCGUUACCGUCAUAAACUGAUAGACGUAAGUAGUGUUGCGUGGGAGGUAAAGCUCGUCCAAUAGAAACCGCUACCGAACCAUCGUCAAAAAUACGGAUUUAUCCAUUGUUCCUAGGGUUGCUGGAAGUGCUCACAGGAGCUGUGUUCUGCAUGUUUAUCUUAUCACGGACAAAGUGUUAUAUUUAAAUAUCUCAAAUCGCAUAACUGGCGAACGAAGAUAUUGGAAAAAUAAUAAAUUAAUAUUGAUCGACAAUUUGUUUAUAUAAAAUGAUUGUGAAACGGAUAAUUCUCAUUCGAAGAUCCCAGUAACUGGACGGCAGUGGAAGAUUAAGACGAAAUAAGAUACAAACCUUUUAAGACUAUUAUCGGAUAGAAACAACUAUCAGAUACUUUGUAUUUUCAUGUCAGGUUACCUUAAGCGAGAUUUAAAAUAACAAAUACUCAAAUAAAUGAAAAACAAAUUUGUGCGAUAGAAAAUUGUCCAAAAACGAGUGAACGAAACACUUCAAUAAGAAAAGUGUACCUUAAUAACUUAAGUUAUAUCUUUACGAAAUAAAUAAUCCAAACGGCGGACGGAAUAUUCCUCAGCACCGGAAGUUGGGGAUUGGCGUGUCAACAAUGCGUGCGGGCCACGGGCAUUCAGGGCGAGCAGGAAAUGGUGACAUCUACAUUAUCGAGACGCUGGGUCGUAAGACUCGAUCCUGACCUGGCUAGCUGCUUCCGGGGAACACUGUAUCCACAUCCGCUUUCACAUGAGAUGCGAGCGGCCUAUUCUCUGCGUCAGGUACAUCUAUCGAGGAAACUGAUAUUCACCCUUUUUUACCUGAUGUUACUCACGACCUCUGGGGCGGCGUUCCCGAGCCAGAAGAUGUUGGAUAGUCCAAAAAGUAUUGUCAUCCAACACAAGGACUCAAUUACAGUAAGAACUACUGGCUGUAAGCCGUUGACACACGACGAUCUUAAAACUUUAAUGGGUAUCGCGUGGGAUGACACGAAGAUGAGAAACGAUGACGUCAUCAAUGACGAUGAUGACGUCACUGGUGGUGGUACAAAAAAGCGAGGAAGUUCAGGAAACUCUGUGAUAGACAAAAAUGAACAAUUUCUACAAAACUAUUUUAAGGACGAGUCUGAUAUUGAUGACAUCGGAGUUAAGAGUGACAAAGAUACCAGCCUUAGUGUUCAAAAUAGAAAGUUUAUGAGGCGGCGAAAACGGGAUGAAGAGGACAGUGAAAAUACAAACACUCCAACUGAUACGAGAUUUCUAUACCAAAAUAUGGUUUUCGACACAAUUUCUAGACGGAAAUCUCGACAAAAGCGAAGUCGAUCUAGUGAUAAACAAUUCCACCCUGCUUGGGAGUGUGAAAUCAAACAAUAUUGGAAGCCAAUGUCAGAUGAAUACUUUCCUAAAUACAUUUGGGAAGGGGAGUGUACGCAGAAAUCGUGUUUCUUUGGGCUUUAUCGUUGCAAGCCCGUAAAGUACACGAUCAAACUUCUUAAAAGGGACCCCGAAAACGCUUGUCGGCCCGUUCCAUUAAUUGGCGAAACGACGACGUAUGAGGAGGCGUGGGUGAUACAGGACCACGAGGCCACGGUGGCGUGUGAGUGCGGCCUGAAAAGUGGCCGAUCUUCGGGCAAAAGGAAUAAAAAUAAAAAUAAAAAGGGCAAAAACAGAAACCGUGGGAGGGACGAAUGAAAACGAGGCAGAUUUUUUUUGUUUAAAAGUGUACACGUAUUCACACGGGUUUCGUCAAACUUUUUGUUUUGACAUGCAAUUAUAUUCCAAAAUGAGACAUUCCCUUUUGGUUUCCUAGUGGUGUCUUUAACCGAGCUUUGUACGAGAAAUUAGGGUAUAUAGUAUUGUGGUAUGCUAUAAGUACGAGAAACUAGCAGUUGAUACUAUUUCAAAGGCGUAUGUACGUACUUAUUGCUAGAUUCAGUGAUAAUAGCUAUUUGGAGUAGGACAGAACGUACGAAAUCCAUUUUCAUGCAGUUUUUAUUAACGACGCUCGCCAUUGUGAUUGUGAUAAAAUGUGUAUUAACACUUAAUCGAGACAUUCCGAUUUGGAAUAUAAAGCAUUCCAGAGUGAAACAGUAUGUUUAUGUUUGUUGAAAGUGGUAAAAAAACAACAACUGUAUAGAACUACAGAUUUAUUUAUUAUAGAUAUAGAUGGCCAGUAUAAAUGAUACAUUUUGCGCAUGCGCGCUUGUGUUCCUAUGCGCAUGCGCAUUUUAGAUGAAAUGGAGAUUAUAACGGGACAGUUUGUCGACAUACUGUUUGUAGGUUUCAACUAUACUUAUCAUGUAAAAUUGUUUAAAAUAUGUUUAAAUCUUAUUUAACUUAUUGUUAUGUCAGUAAUGAAAAACAAUUAUUA